UUUAAAAUUAUUAUGAAUUUAAUUAACGAACAAUCAGUGACAACAAGUACUAGUACGAGCAAGGAAUUAUCUCCAUCAGCUCAAGUUCGUCGAGGAGCAAGAUCUUCGUCGUCGUUGUUGUCGUUGUCGUCGUCUUUAGAAUCGAAAUCGGAAUCAGAAGUCGUAGUGUCCAACGUAACAACAACAACAACAACAUCGGUUGAAUAUUUAGCUGCUUCUACAGCAUCUUCGUUGUCGUCUACGUCGUCGACGUCUUCGUUCGCUUCGUCGUCGUCGUCGUCGUCUUCUACAUUUGAAUCCGCAGCGUUGACAUUCUCGACUUUAGUACGUUCAUCAUCAGCGGUUGAAUCAAUUAAUAGACAAAUUGAGAAAAUUUCCAAUAAAAUAAGUUUUAGUGAUGCUGCCGAUCAAAUCAAUUUAAUCAGCAGCAAAAUGCCAGGAACAACAACAACAAUUAUAAAUGGCAUUGUGAAGCCACCAUCAUCAUCAUCAACAUCAUCAGCUGCUAGCAAGUCACUUAUCGCAAAGGCAGUUCUACCACCAACAACAAUUACAACAACAACAAAAAAUGUUAAUAUCGAAAAUGUCAGUAGUUGUUGUGACGUCAGUGAUUGUAUAAAGAAUAAAAAUGGCGACUAUAUUAAAAUUGAUAAUACAACAAUAACCACAACAACAACAACAACAAAACCACCCGAGAAAGAACGAAAAAUUGGCUGUGAACAUUACAAGAGGCGUGCAAUGUUUGUGACUCCCUGCUGCAACAAAUUUUACAAAUGUCGAUAUUGUCAUGAUGAAAAAGAAACCCACCAUUUUGACAGAAAAACAUUGACAGAAUUGAUUUGCGUGGAAUGCAACACGAGGCAGAAAGUCCAAGAACAAUGUGAAAAAUGUGGUGUUCGAUUUGGAAAGUACACCUGCCUUAUAUGUAAUCUUUUUGAUGAUGAAGACAAAAAUCAAUACCACUGUAAUGGUUGCGGUAUAUGUCGAAUUGGCGGUCGGGAUAAUUUCUUCCAUUGUGAGGUUUGCAAUAUGUGCCUGCCUAUUGAACUGAAAAUCGAAGGACAUAGAUGUGUGGAGAAUAUAUCGCGAUCGAAUUGUCCAGUUUGUUUAGGUGCCAUUCAUACGUCACGAAUACCUUGCCAUAUUCCUGAUUGUGGUCAUUUACUGCACAAAAUGUGUUUUGAUCAGCUACUUGCGUCUGGACAUUAUGUUUGUCCAACAUGUCAGACAUCGCUGCUGGAUAUGUCGAAAAUGUGGGAGUAUUUAGAUACCCAGGCUUUACUAAUGACCAUGCCAAAGAAGUAUGAAAACCAAAGGGUUUAUAUAUUUUGUAAUGAUUGUCAUGACACUUGCAAAACAAAAUUUCACUUUGUGGGUUUGAAAUGCAUCCACUGUGGCGGCUACAAUACAACGCAAGAUGUCAAAAGAAGAAUGUCAUGGGCGAAUGUUGAUAGUUCAACAUCAGCCUGACAUUUGUUUAGCUUCCUGAAUUUAGGAAAACCUUUUAUUCUAUUGCAUACAUUCAAUCGUUUUGAGAGUUUGAAUUGCAAUUAUAAAGUUUAAAUGAAUCUUUUUAACGAAUCUAUCGCAUGCUUGUGUAU